AUGGCAGCCGUCACCCUUUCCGAGACCUCGCCCUUGCUUCUUCCUGACCCGAUCCCGUCACCACGCCCGGUCGCCGUCUCCGAGUCCGACAUGGCGUCAAGGUUUGUCGAGGCCCUCUGGGGUCCCCCUUCGGUCCAGCGCUCGCUGCUUAUCAAGCUCGACUUCACCGUUCUCAUCUACUUCUCCGUCGUGUGGUUCCUUUUCGGCGUCAACCGCGCCAGCUACAACACGGCCUACAUCAGCGGCAUGAAGGAGGACCUGCACUUCCAAGGCAAGGACUUCAACUACAUGCACACGAUUUACCUCGUCACGUAUGCCGUCUUCCAGAUCCCCUCGACCUCGGUCUUGACCGUCUUCAAGCCCCGCUACGUCUUUGUCACCGCCAACACCGUUUGGAGCGUCCUCACCUUGGUCACUUUCCGAGCGACCCACGUUUACCAAGUCUUCAUUCUCAACGCCUUCGAAGGUGCCUUCUCGGCCAUCGCGUAUGUGGGCGCGCACUUCAUCUACGGCUCGUGGUACAAGCAAUCCGAGCUCGCCACCCGCGCCGCAGUCUUUUGCGCAUUUGGCAACCUCGGCAACAUGGCCGGCGGCUGGAUCCAGGCAGGCCUCCUGGCCUCUCUGUCGGACGGCCCCAUCGCUCCAUGGCGGCUCAUCUUCAUCGUCGUGUCAUGUGUCACCAUUCCGUUCGCUGUUUUUGGCUGGUUCGCGAUCCCCGACCUGCCAGAGCACCGUACAGCCAGGUUCCUGACACCCCAAGAGAGAGAGCUCGCCGUCACCCGCCUCGGCCGAGCAAAGAAGACGGCGUGGGACCUGAGCGUGUUCCGGCGCGUUCUCCUCAGCUGGCAAUUCUGGCUGCUUCCCACCGCCUUCAUGCUUUACUCCCUCAGCGUCCAAGCCAUCGGUAACAAUGUCAUACCUCUCUGGAUGGCCUCUCGCGGUUACAGUCUCAUCCAGCAGAACAACUACCCGACCGGAACCUACGCGGCGGGCAUCGUCGCCACCUUCAUCUACUGCGCCGUCUCCGACAGGCUCCGCUCCCGCUGGGAGGCGUCUCUGUGCAUCGGCUUCACCUUUGUCGUCAGCAGCGCCAUCCUGAUCUCCAACCCGCCUGACGCCGGCUACUUCUUCGCCUUCUACCUCAUGGGCACCACCUACGCGCCCCAGGCCCUCUGGUACUCGUGGAUGGCCGACCUGACGGCCCACGACUUGCAGCUCCGCGCCAUCACCACGGGCUUCAUGAACUCGUUCGACUUUGCCUUUGUGACGUGGUGGCCGCUCAUCUUCUUUCCCGUGACGGACGCGCCCAACUACCGCAAGGGCUACAUUGCCAGCUUGGUGACAGGCGCUUUAACCGUGCCAGUGAUCUUGUUGAUUGCCUUCCUCGAAAAGCGGGGACGCAGAAACGGGACCCUCGGCAGUGUUCACGACGGGGAUUCGGAGGUGGUGCCAGAAUAG